CAGACAGUGGUUCCGUAUUUAAGGUCUUUUUUCCCCCCCCACCUCCAGCAAGCCUUUUCCUGCUCCGGUUCCAUGCAGCUCGCUGGGAGGUAUGGAGGGGAACGGGACGCCGCCGUACUGACGCUUCUCCGGUUGUAGAUGCUUCGCGUGCACCGCUACCCCGCUGCCUCCCACAACCGCCAUGCCUUAUGGAAUAUUCAUUUACCAUCAAUGACAUUCCAGCAGAAUUCAUGUUUACAACAAGAGAUAAGUUUGCCAACAAUUAGCCUCUAAACAGCCUCUUUUUAAUCAGGCCGGCUUGCUUUUCAAAGCAAAAGCACACAGCUCCAACAGCUUUUUGCCUCUGCACAAUCAGCUUCUGAUUCUCUAUCAUGAGACUCCGGAUUUACAAGCGGAAGGUGGUGAUACUGACUCUGGUGGUUGUCGUCUGUGGCCUGGCUUUCUGGAGCAGCGGAAGGCAGAAGAAAAACGACAGCGGAUCGUUCCCCAAGGACGCGGAGGCGGCGAGGAGGAGUAGCAGCGCGAGCAGCAGCAGCAGCAGUAGCAUCAACAAUCAUAUCCAGGUGCCAGCCACACCUGCGGCCAGCCGGGCGCCCGCUCCGCCGCCUGCCGUGAAAGCAAAUGACACACACCAGGAGAAAGCGAAGGAUAAAGCCAAAAUAGCCAAGCCAGAGGCGGAUAACACGACUUUAGUUUACCGCGGCAUUGUCUUCCAGCUGAACUUUGACCAGACGAUCAGGAACGAGGAGAAGUUCAAGACGGCCCGGCAGAAGGAUGACCUGGUCGUGGUCGUUCAGGUUCAUAACCGACCGGACUACCUUAAACUCUUAGUGGACAGCUUACGGAAGGCUCGAGGAGUGGACAGCAUACUGCUGAUAUUCAGCCAUGACUACUGGUCCCCCGAGAUUAAUAAAGUGGUGGCGUCCGUUGACUUCUGUCAAGUACUUCAGAUUUUCUUCCCCUUCAGCAUCCAGCUGUACCCCCAGGAGUUCCCCGGGAACGACCCCAAGGAUUGCCCCCGAGACAUUCCCAAAAAGGACGCCUUAAAGCUGCGAUGCAUCAACGCGGAAUACCCCGAUUCGUUCGGUCACUACCGCGAGGCCAAGUUCUCCCAGACCAAACACCACUGGUGGUGGAAACUCCACUUCGUAUGGGACAGAGUCAAAGCGCUGACAGACCACAAGGGUCUGGUCCUGCUGAUCGAGGAGGACCACUACAUGUCCCCAGACUUCAUCCACCUCUUAAAGCUGAUGACCGCUCUGAAAAGAGAGCAGUGCCCCGACUGCGACAUCCUCUCCCUGGGGAGCUACAGCCACAUCGGCUACUCCAGCAAAGCCAACAAGGUGGAGGUAAAACCCUGGAAGUCCACCGAGCACAACAUGGGGAUGGCCCUGAGCCGAGAGACAUAUCAGAAACUCAUCCAGUGCACCGACACGUUCUGCACUUACGACGACUACAACUGGGACUGGUCCCUGCAGCACCUGACCGUGUCCUGCCUGCCCUCGUACUGGAAGGUCAUGGUGAGCGACGCGCCGCGGAUCUUCCACGCCGGGGAUUGCGGGAUGCACCACAAGAAGGCCUCGUGCAUGCCCGUCAGCCAGAAAACCAAGAUAGAAAACAUCCUCCAGAGCAGCUCGAAUCAGCUGUUCCCGAAAAACCUCCUGAUUACAAAGAGACUGCCGGCGAACGGGGCCGGAGGCGUGGCGCCGCACGUGAAGAACGGGGGCUGGGGAGAUAUCAGGGACCAUGAACUCUGCAAGAGUUACGUUCGAUUACAGUGACCUUACUUGAUACUAUUAUAUAUUAUUGUCUCUUUUGCAUCCUAUAUAAAGAAAAAAACUAAAUCUUUAUGGACUAUUCUUCAUAUUGCCUGUUUUAUUGGACUGUUUUCUCGGAUUGUUCCAAAUAAAGACGAAUGUUGGAUUUUUUGGCUUCUUUAACACAAAUGUCUUUACAUUGAAUAAUACAAGUGAUUCCUUACAAGUCUGCAUUGUUUUGUACCUAUAAUAUACUAAACACUAUAUUGUAUUUUCUAUGACAAGGUUUUCAGACGAUGAAAUGCCUCGUAUGUUCCCUGGAGUCACUGAAAAUGUGGGACAUCUUGAAAGAGGUGGCGAACUGAGCAGUGCUCAUCAGGGGCAAUCUUGAAUUUGGUGAAUCUGUGGAUUUAGUAAUCCCAUUGUGCACGCAUAAUUAAUUUGAAGAUAUUUAUAUCUCCCAAAUUUGCUGAGAUCAAAGGAGAUCCGCUGAGACACCUUGUUCCAUUUAUGUAAUCUCCCACUUUAGCGGCAACAGGUUUGGAGAGCGCACCGGGAGACUGUCGCUUCCGACGCGCGGCACGAAUAUCAUCACAGCGAUUCAGAUGUGAUGGGUGGAACAUGCCCGAACUGCAGAGUUUUUGCACCUGGUCAUGUUUGGCGGGAGUGAACGUAGUGAUGCGCUGCAACGGAAUCAAACUCCCGAUUGUUCCGAUGCAGUGCAUCACUGUCCAGCUGAUGACUUGGGUAUGGUGAUAGAAGCCUGGGCUACUGUAUCAGUGCAGAGGUAUUCACAUAAAUAAACAUGAUGCACCUGGAGAGAU